UUUUUCACGGCUGAUGAAAUAAAAGAUGAAACAUGUGAUUGUCAGAGGAGAGCUGACGAGUGGGUCAGACAGAGACAGACGGUCUACCUGGUCAUGGAUCUCCUGCUGAUGCUGUUGCUGUUGCUGUGGAGCUCAGGACUCCAGGCUGAAGAUAAACACCAAUCAACAGAGACUGUCAGGUUGGUGGGAGGAGCCAGUCGCUGUGCAGGUACACUGGAGGUGAAACAGGGAGAGUGGAGACCAAUGAGUUCCUCUGACUGGACCCUGAAGGAUGCAGCUGUUGCCUGCAGAGAAUUGGACUGUGGCUCUGCUGUUUCAACAGGAAGCAGAAAGGAGUCCUCAGACAGACCUGCAUGGAGGAUCAGACCCUACCUUGUUCAGUCUGGAUCUGCACUGAGGGACUGUGUAUCAUCAGAUUCCUCUUCCUCCAUGGUGGAGCUCACCUGCUCAGACUCUGUCAGGCUGGUGAAUGGGGCUAGUCUGUGUUCAGGCAGACUGGAGGUGAAGUCUGAGCAGUCGUGGUCCUCAGUGUGUGAAGCUGACUUUGACCAGCAGGAUGCGGAGGUGGUGUGUAGGGAGCUUGGCUGUGGGACUCCUUCAGUCCUCCAGGGGGCGCUCUAUGGAGAAGUGGAGGCUCCAAUGUGGACCAAAGAGUUCCAGUGUGGAGGCAAUGAGUCUGCUCUCCUGGACUGUAGAAGAUCAGACUCAGCUAGAAGAACCUGCUCACCUGGUAAAGCUGUUGGACUCACCUGCUCAGAGACUGUCAGGUUGGUGGGUGGAGCCAGUCGCUGUGCAGGUACACUGGAGGUGAAACAGGGAGAGUGGAGACCAGUGAGAGACUUCUUAUGGACCCUGAAGGAAGCAGCUGUUGCCUGCAGAGAAUUGGACUGUGGCUCUGCUGUUUCAACAGGAAGCAGAAAGGAGUCCUCAGACAGACUUGUAUGGACGAUCACACCUGACUGUCUUCCGUCUAGAUCUGCACUGAGGGACUGUGCAUCAUCAGAUUACUCUUCCUCCAUCAUGGAGCUCACCUGCUCAGACUCUGUCAGGCUGGUGAAUGGGGCUAGUCUGUGUUCAGGCAGACUGGAGGUGAAGUCUGACCAGUCGUGGUCCUCAGUGUGUGAAGCUGACUUUGACCAGCAGGAUGCAGAGGUGGUCUGUAGGGAGCUUGGCUGUGGGACUCCUUCAGUCCUCCAGGGGGCGCUCUAUGGAGAAGUGGAGGCUCCAAUGUGGACCAAAGAGUUCCAGUGUGGAGGCCAUGAGUCUGCUCUCCUGGACUGUAGAAGAUCAGACUCAGCUAGAAGAACCUGCUCACCUGGUAAAGCUGUUGGACUCACCUGCUCAGGGCCUGUCAGGUUGGUGGGAGGAGCCAGUCGCUGUGCAGGUACACUGGAGGUUAAACAGGGAGAGUGGAGACCAGUGAAAUACGAUCGCUGGACCCUGAAGAAAGCAGCUGUUGUCUGCAGAGAAUUGGACUGUGGCUCUGCUGUUUCAACAGGACUCAGAGAUGAGUCCUCAGACAGACCUGCAUGGUGGAUCAACUCUUACUGUCUUCAGGCUGGAUCUACACUGAGGGACUGCGUAUUAUCAGAUUCCUCUUCCUCCAUGAUGGAGCUCACCUGCUCAGACUCUGUCAGGCUGGUGAAUGGGACUAGUCUGUGUUCAGGCAGACUGGAGGUGAAGUCUGACCAGUCGUGGUCCUCAGUGUGUGAAGCUGACUUUGACCAGCAGGAUGCAGAGGUGGUGUGUAGGGAGCUUGACUGUGGGACUCCUUCAGUCCUCCAGGGGGCGCUCUAUGGAGAAGUGGAGGCUCCAAUGUGGACCAAAGAGUUCCAGUGUGGAGGCAAAGAGUCUGCUCUCCUGGACUGUAGAAGAUCAGACUCAGCUAGAAGAACCUGCUCACCUGGUAAAGCUGUUGGACUCACCUGCUCAGAGACUGUCAGGUUGGUGGGAGGAGCCAGUCGCUGUGCAGGUACACUGGAGGUGAAACAGGGAGAGUGGAGACCAGUGAGUGACUCUGACUGGACCCUGAAGGAUGCAGCUGUUGCCUGCAGAGAAUUGGACUGUGGCUCUGCUGUUUCAACAGGAAGCAGAAAGGAGUCCUCAGACAGACCUGCAUGGAGGAUCAGACCUUACCUUGUUCAGUCUGGAUCUGCACUGAGGGACUGUGUAUCAUCAGAUUCCUCUUCCUCCAUGGUGGAGCUCACCUGCUCAGACUCUGUCAGGCUGGUGAAUGGGACUAGUCUGUGUUCAGGCAGACUGGAGGUGAAGUCUGAGCAGUCGUGGUCCUCAGUGUGUGAAGCUGACUUUGACCAGCAGGAUGCGGAGGUGGUGUGUAGGGAGCUUGGCUGUGAGGCUCCUUCAGUCCUCCAGGGGGUGCUCUAUGGAGAAGUGGAGGCUCCAAUGUGGACCAAAGAGUUCCAGUGUGGAGGCCAUGAGUCUGCUCUCCUGGACUGUAGAAGAUCAGACUCAGCUAGAAGAACCUGCUCACCUGGUAAAGCUGUUGGACUCACCUGCUCAGAGACUGUCAGGUUGGUGGGUGGAGCCAGUCGCUGUGCAGGUACACUGGAGGUGAAACAGGGAGAGUGGAGACCAGUGAGAGACUUCUUAUGGACCCUGAAGGAAGCAGCUGUUGCCUGCAGAGAAUUGGACUGUGGCUCUGCUGUUUCAACAGGAAGCAGAAAGGAGUCCUCAGACAGACUUGUAUGGACGAUCACACCUGACUGUCUUCCGUCUAGAUCUGCACUGAGGGACUGUGCAUCAUCAGAUUACUCUUCCUCCAUCAUGGAGCUCACCUGCUCAGACUCUGUCAGGCUGGUGAAUGGGGCUAGUCUGUGUUCAGGCAGACUGGAGGUGAAGUCUGAGCAGUCGUGGUCCUCAGUGUGUGAAGCUGACUUUGACCAGCAGGAUGCAGAGGUGGUCUGUAGGGAGCUUGGCUGUGGGACUCCUUCAGUCCUCCAGGGGGCGCUCUAUGGAGAAGUGGAGGCUCCAAUGUGGACCAAAGAGUUCCAGUGUGGAGGCCAUGAGUCUGCUCUCCUGGACUGUAGAAGAUCAGACUCAGCUAGAAGAACCUGCUCACCUGGUAAAGCUGUUGGACUCACCUGCUCAGGGCCUGUCAGGUUGGUGGGAGGAGCCAGUCGCUGUGCAGGUACACUGGAGGUUAAACAGGGAGAGUGGAGACCAGUGAAAUACGAUCGCUGGACCCUGAAGGAUGCAGCUGUUGUCUGCAGAGAAUUGGACUGUGGCUCUGCUGUUUCAACAGGAUUCAGAGAUGAGUCCUCAGACAGACCUGCAUGGUGGAUCAACUCUUACUGUCUUCAGGCUGGAUCUACACUGAGGGACUGCGUAUUAUCAGAUUCCUCUUCCUCCAUGAUGGAGCUCACCUGCUCAGACUCUGUCAGGCUGGUGAAUGGGGCUAGUCUGUGUUCAGGCAGACUGGAGGUGAAGUCUGAGCAGUCGUGGUCCUCAGUGUGUGAAGCUGACUUUGACCAGCAGGAUGCGGAGGUGGUGUGUAGGGAGCUUGGCUGUGGGACUCCUUCAGUCCUCCAGGGGGCGCUCUAUGGAGAAGUGGAGGCUCCAAUGUGGACCAAAGAGUUCCAGUGUGGAGGCAAAGAGUCUGCUCUCCUGGACUGUAGAAGAUCAGACUCAGCUAGAAGAACCUGCUCACCUGGUAAAGCUGUUGGACUCACCUGCUCAGAGACUGUCAGGUUGGUGGGAGGAGCCAGUCGCUGUGCAGGUAGACUGGAGGUGAAACAGGGAGAGUGGAGACCAGUGGAUGACUCUUUCUCUGAAUGGUCCCUGAAGGAAGCAGCUAAUGCCUGCAGAGAAAUGGACUGUGGUUCUGCUGUUUCAAUAGGGAGAAGAGAUGAGUCCCCACGUAGACCUGUAUGGGAGAUCACACCUGACUGUCUUCAGGCUGGAUCUACACUGAGGGACUGUGCAUCAUCAUCAACAUUUCCCUCUUCCUCCAUGAUGGAGCUCACCUGCUCAGACUCUGUCAGGCUGGUGAAUGGGGCUAGUCUGUGUUCAGGCAGACUGGAGGUGAAGUCUGAGCAGUCGUGGUCCUCAGUGUGUGAAGCUGACUUUGACCAGCAGGAUGCAGAGGUGGUCUGUAGGGAGCUUGGCUGUGGGACUCCUUCAGUCCUCCAGGGGGCGCUCUAUGGAGAAGUGGAGGCUCCAAUGUGGACCAAAGAGUUCCAGUGUGGAGGCAAUGAGUCUGCUCUCCUGGACUGUAGAAGAUCAGACUCAGCUAGAAGAACCUGCUCACCUGGUAAAGCUGUUGGACUCACCUGCUCAGAGCCUGUCAGGUUGGUGGGAGGAGCCAGUCGCUGUGCAGGUACACUGGAGGUGAAACACGGAGAGUGGAGACCAGUGACUUACUCUCGCUGGACCCUGAAGGAAGCAGCUGUUGCCUGCAGAGAAUUGGACUGUGGCUCUGCUGUUUCAGCAGUAAGCAGAGAGGAGUCCUCACAUAGACCUGUAUGGAUGGUCGAGUUUUGCUAUUUUCGGUCUGGAUCUACACUGAGGGACUGUGCAUCAUCAGAUUCCUCUUCCUCCAUGGUGGAGCUCACCUCUGGAACAAGCAGCAUGUGA